CGUUAUUUCAGCAAGUGAAUGUCGAAGAAAACACAUUAUGUUUAAGAGAAUAACCUUACUAAUUGUUGAAAUUGGUUGUAUCAUUGCACAGAACUGUCGUUCCAGCAUUUACAAUACCAUAAAAACAGAAGGAUCAUCUUUACCUCCAGAUGAAAUUAUAUCAAGUCAUACCGUCAAAUCAGGGUUUGUUCCGAUAGAAUGUUACGAACUCUGUCAGAAUGAACCAAAAUGUGUUGGAUUCAACUACAGAGAAACGCUCAAUGUUGUGAACUGCCAACUGACCAACAUCACUGGAAAGACAGAUCACAACGCAAUGACUGGAGAAGGAGAAUGGAUACUAAUGAACGGUGACUCAAAACCGAAAAAACAGCAAGCCACCAGUUGUGCCCACCUGUAUAACUUAGGAGAGAUAAAAGAUGGUGUUUAUACCAUCGAUCCUGAUGGUUCGGGAUCGUUCCAAGUCAGAUGUGAUAUGAGCAGAGAUGGUGGUGGAUGGACCGUGUUUCAAAGAAGACAAGAUGGAAGUCAAGAUUUCUUUCGUGGGUGGUCAGACUAUAAAGCAGGCUUUGGUAAUUUGAGUGGCGAGUUCUGGUUGGGUCUUGAUAAAAUACGUCGUUUAACCAAAUCUGGUCAAAAUGUUUUAAGAGUUGAUUUGAUGGAUUUCAAUAACACUGAAGCUUACGCUAAAUAUGAGAACUUUAGUGUGGCUGAUGAAUCAGACAAAUAUAGAUUGAAUAUUGGCAAUUAUUCAGGUGACGCUGGAGAUUCCCUCACUACUUGGCAUAAUGAAAUGCAGUUCUCCACAAAUGAUAGCGACAAUGACGCGACAGCGGAUAUACAUUGUGCUGGGGAUUACAAGGGAGGUUGGUGGUACAAGAACUGUCAUUCUUCCAACCUCAAUGGCCUGUACCAAAGUACAGGUCGUAAAAAUGCCGUCGGAAUAAGCUGGUACUAUUGGAAAUCUGGACACUUUUCAUUGAAAAAGACGGAGAUGAAAAUGCGUCCAAAACAGUUCUAAAAAAAUUUAAUAUUUGUCUUGAAU